AAGCUCUCGCCAAUCUUCAAUUCGGGGCAAAAUCAUACAAAAAAGGCGGCACCGCACCCGACGAUACGGCAACGUCAUCGCGGCUGUUAAAACUGUUAACACGUACGAGAACCCUCUAAGCCGUCAUAAGAGAUGCCGCCACGAAUCAAUUGCUCGGCGCGGAGCAGUGUCAGUCGAGCGAUUCAAAGGACGACAACUUGUCAAAAGCCUACGGUUAUCUUACUACAAAAAUCGAGGGGCACAUCUAGAUGCUACGCGAGCGCCUCCGCUUCUCCUAUGCCCGUCGGGGCCUUAAGACUUCCCGAUAAUUAUAUCCCGCCCACGCAGCCUCCGAGCGCACGACGACCCGACCAGCGGAAAUCACAACUGCUCAGAUCUUACACGGCUCUACUCCGUUCGGCACCCCUAAUCCUAUUCUUCCAACAUAGCAACCUCACCGGGGUAGAAUGGGCUGCUAUCCGGCGAGAGCUGCGCGCGGCCCUUGCUAAGGUUCCAACACCCGCCGCCGAGCCCGGCGAUAGCAGCAGUACACCACCUGUGGAUAUCUCAUCGAGCAUCGAGCUGCAGGUCCUUCGCACGCGUAUCUUUAACAUCGCUUUUAAAGUAGUCGAGUUCUUCGACGCCGACGCGCAGAAGUCCAAGCCGAAUGCCUACACGCACGACCUGUCCUCCACGGCGUACGAGGCCAUCAACCAGGCCGCCGCCGCCGUCGACGAGUCUUCGGUAUAUGCUCAGGUUGCCCCGCUGCUUGUCGGACCCGUCGCCGCCAUCAUCUUCCCGGCUGUGUCUCCGGCUCACCUCGCGGCCGUGCUAUCAGUAUUAGCACCUUCACCUCCGGCGUUCCCCGCGCCCUCGCGAAAGAAGAACCCGGGAUACUACGAUGCUACGGCGCAGAGCGGGCUGCAGAAGUUACUGUUGGUGGGCGGCCGUAUAGAGGAUCGGGUAUUCGAUCACGAGGGUGUCAGAUGGGUCGGCGGCAUCGAGGGCGGCGUCGAUUCUCUGAGGGCGCAGCUUGUCGCCAUGCUCCAUAGCGCCGGGCUGGGUCUUACGACGGCGUUGGAAGGGCAUGGUAAGGGAUUGUGGCUUGCGCUGGAGGGCAGAAGGACGCAGCUUGAAGAGGAGGCCAAUGGGGGUACUAAGAAGGAAGAGGCGACCGAAUAGAGUAUCAAUCGGGCAUGUGGUAUUGCGCUACUGUAUAUUUAUCGUAUGCUGGCUUUCGGUGUCUAGGUAUUUAUAAAGUAUCCUAUCGCUUCAAGAUGACGAUGUUCUCUAUUUAGUUGUAUACGUCCUUAGACUACAUGCCAUGAAUAGGUUAGUUGUCAAAAUGAGGAUUUACGUAUAUUAAAAGGGGAUUCCACUCUGUAUUAACUCAGUAAAAUACCUUAUACGGUUUGUCCAUUAUAUUAUGCCUAGGUAGUCGUCCCAGUACUUUUAGAAAUGUGAAUAUCAGAAUUAAUUGCAUAUAUCCCGCAUAAAUGCAUAUCGCAUCCUAUCCUUCGGUGUUCUAUC